UCGGGAGUGACAGAGCCAGCGGCAGAUAAAACAGCAAUUACUAUUUGCGGCUAUAUAUAUACAUACAAACCGUAUUGCACUGCGACGGCCUUUAGUGUGCCAGGCGUACGCGCAGAGGGAACAGCUCGGCUUGGACGUCCUGUAGCUCAAGAUGAAGACAGCCAUUUCGCUAGUUCUGCUCUCCUUGGCAGUCACGUGUGUAAUCAGCACGUCACCUCCGAACUGUGCCAACGUCAACUGCGCCGCUGUCACGUGCAACCGUGUGAACUGCAAAUGCGGUGCCUACAAGGACGACUGCGGGUGCUGCGACGUCUGUUACAAGUGUCCCGGUGAGGUGUGCGUUCCCCUGUACCAGCACCGCUGCACCGAACAUCACGACUGCGUGCUCGACAACCCCAAUGUACGCAUCGAGUUCGGCUCCCGAGGCCAGUGCAAAUACGUGCAGCAGCAGCAGCAGCAUGACCACAGCAACUGCACCGAGGAACACUGACUAUAGCCGGCUGCCACAUCGAUCGAAGCGCGCGGGGGCGGACUUCAAACAUGGCGAUGGAGGAAUAAAGUUUCUGCGGAAGCCCGCAGUGUGGCGGGAGAUUUGUGAAAGAGAAAACUGCCAACUGCUGCAAUGCAUAGCUCGACGAUACUGAAGAAAAUUCCUACGAGUUUCUCAGGAAGAAAGCGUCGCAGUUGGCGUUGGUUCCGGGUUCGUUCCCAGGACCAAAAGCGCUAUUCUGGACAUCGAUGAGUUCCGCCAUAUUGUUAUAUCCUGUAAUGGUGGCAUUUUGAGCCAAUCAGAGAGGCCGCAGCUGGCCUCUGGGCCAAUCAAAGCUGACAAGAUGGCGGAUUCGACAAUGUGGCGGAAUUCGCCGUUGUCCAGAAUAGUACUGCUACAGUACCAAUUUUUCGCCACGUGCAUCAAUGCACGUGGCAUCACAUCAGCAGCGGUGCUCGUCUAAUCGGAUAAGCCAAAGCGCCGUCACUUUGACAACCCAAUAAAGCGAUGAAGCCU